CAUCGCCCCCAUGAUCACGGCGCUGGGGAUCAACAUGCUGUUCCUCUUCAACGUGGUCCGGAUCCUGGUCACGCGGAUGAGGAACAACACUACUAUGGAGAUGGAGAAGAUCAGGAAAGCCAUCAAAGCGACGGCGAUUCUGUUUCCACUUCUGGGCAUCACCAACCUCUUCUUCUUCAUCCGGCCUUCGGAAAAGGACUCGCGCUACCAGGUGUACCUCAUCACCAACUCGGUGCUCCACUCCCUGCAGGGAAUAUUCGUCUCGAUCCUGUAUUGUUUCCUGAAUUCGGAGGUGCGCAUAGCCAUCAAGAAGAAGUACUACCGGGUAAUGGCGAUGCGGAGCAGCAACCGGUGGUCUCCCAAGAACUCGUGUCGCACGUCAACCAUGUUCGUGUCACAGGCCGACCGGCUGUGUUGCCGACAGCAGAAGUGGACCACCAGCUGCAGGGAGACGAGCCCGGCAGCUGCCAACGCUGCCAGCAGCUGGCCGGGCUGCCAGCCGCAAGGCGAGACCGAGAUCUGAGACCGCCACCCUCCGGUUGAACCGAGAUCUGAGACCGCCGCCCAUUGGGUUGAACUGAGAUCUGAGCUCUCCGCCGUCUUUGUUGGGCUCAGAUUUGACAUCGCCGCUCACUGCGAUGCAGCGAGGCCUGUGGCCGCCGCUCGCUGUAGUGAACUGAGGUCUGAGAUUGCUGCUGCUUCUGAUGGCUCAAUAUCAGAGACCACCGCUCUGCGACGAACGAAUGCCGGGUGACGCGUCUGCCUCGAUGGAAAAAGGCAGAAUCACCAAUACGUCAUUUUCUCUGUGAUGUGGCGGAGGCACGGACGGUGGAUAUCCCGGGUUGCACACCGUGAGGUGGAAUGGUCUUGAAUGACAGUGAAGCGACGGCUCGAUCUUCGGGGGAGAAAUAGAGCCUGAAUACUCUGGGGAAUCGCUAUGUUUCUCCCUCUAACUCGGGGCUUAACUCACCCCUAGAUGGGCAACGUGAUCCCAUUGCUUCGCUUCCCGUCCCCAUUAACCUGACUGACGAAUUGUGCGCUGAGAGAAGAUCAUGAGCCCUGAAUGUUCUCCGUGUCGUGCUGCGCUGAACGUUAUCAGUUAUCACAGUUGUCACAGUAUGCACAGUGCGCCUCGCCAGACGCGGUGUCGGUACGCAGCGCGCCUCGCGUGCGCCUGUGAGCGACAGGAACGGUCACGUGUGGUUACCCGCCGGGGAAAUGUGGACGCUGAUGACGAUAACGCAGGCGGCUCAAGCCAGGAACCCUGCGGUGGUGCCCGUUAAUCGAAUAUGCUUCAUGGCAGCGGCCGCCUCGCGUCCCCCGUUGACGUUUGGUGUUGUCUUUGUUGGAUAUGAUGUGCAGACCUG